AUGGCUGCUACAGACGACAAGGCACCCUCGCGGAUGCGCGAACUGCCGCCCCCUCCGUCUCGUGCCGAAAUCGACGAGCUGUACCACAACGCUCGCCUCUCCCUACCCGCCCCACUGAGACUUCCAAUGGCCUCGUCCCUGUCGUUCUUUGCUGGAUUCACCCUGGGAACGGCACAAGGCGGCAAGAUGGCAGGUCUGCAGUUUCGAGCAGAGCACGCGCACAAGCUGCCGACUAGCACAACGGGCUGGUUCCUCUACCACAAGAGCAAGAAUUACCACAUGGCAUAUGGCGGAAUCCGCGAGGGUUUCAGGAUGGGGUUCAAAGUGUCCUUCUGGACGACGGCCAUGUUCGCAAUCGAGCAAAUGUUCGACUCGUACCGCGGAACCGCUGACAUCUUUAACACGGUGACAUCGUGCGUCACUGUGGCAGGGGGCUUUAGUCUUUGGAAUCGUUUCUCUUUGCCAAUGACCGCUCGGACGACAAAAGCCGCCCUUGCCGCUGGGUUUGUCUACGGAGGGCUCCAGGAUGCCUUGGGUGUGGUGAGGGGUCGCCCCAUCGGAUACGUCGACUGGGUCAAGCGGCAGCUGGGCGCAUCGCAAAGAAAGGAACCGAGAACACCAUAA